AAUACAUCAAAGUGGACAUAUACGGCAAAUGUGGAACAAGAAUCUGUCCACGUAAUUGUCUUGAAUUUCUAGGGGUGCGUUAUAAAUUCUACCUGGCCUUUGAGAAUGCCGAUUGCCAGGAUUACGUCACAGAAAAGGUCUGGAGAAAUUCCUUUAAAUUCAACAUGGUGCCAAUAGUACGAGGGCGUCGCAAUAACUUUAAGAACAUCCUGCCACCAUACUCCUAUAUACACACUAAUAAGUUUGAUUCACACGAAGAACUAGCUCAAUAUCUAAAGUACUUAGACAACAAUGACGAUGAAUAUAACAAAUAUUUUGAAUGGAGGAAAACAUUUAUAAGCUUUAACAGUGCUCAAUUCCCGUAUUACUGUUCACUUUGUAGACAGUUGCAUAUGAACAAGGGCCAGAAGAAAUGGUACAACGAUAUAUGGAAAUGGUACUCCAUAGAAAAGCAAUGCAAUGACUACACUUCAAUGAUACCUGAAAAUAUAAAUGAUUGAUGACCAUUCUUCACAUCUUCUCUAACUUCAGAUAUCUGAUGGUUGUCUCUCUGAGUAAAUGAAGACGUGAAAUUCAUUUAGUCUAAAAUCUAAAAUCUUAAGACAUUUCAGAUUUGCACG